AUGGCGGUUCUUUUGACUCCGCGGUUCCGUAGCCUUGGCAGCCAGAGCGAGCUUCCUGGCCCAGGGCGGAGCGGGCAGAGUUUCGUGAGCCCUAGAAGUGGCUUGUGCCGGAAAAGGAGGACAGGAUGCUCUGGUCCUUUUCAAGCUACUCACCUAUGGGAUGGUAUUAUUCACUCCCUUCAAACUCAAGUGGAAAUAAAAAGGAGGAGGCAUCAUUUACGAACAUACAAAGACUGUUUUACUGGUUCUGAUGCUGUCGAUGUAGUAUUAAGUCAUCUUAUGCAAAAUAUGUGCCUAAGUAGUGAUGACAUCUCUCGUCUUAAAGGAGUUCGUCUUUGCCGAGUUCUAAUGAACCAUAAAGUAUUUGAACCCGUAGGAAUGAAGCUAUUCAAAAAUGAAAAGGAAUUAGAAUUUGAAGAUUCAAACAAUAGUCUCUACAGGUUUCUAGACAAUAAAUCAUCUUACGUUUCUUGCAAAAGAAAAAAGGAUUCUGAGAAUGGGUUAACGGAUGAAAUGAAAGCAAAGGAAUCUUUAAGACAAGAAGAUGAAAUUAUUUCAAAUCCUCUAGCACAAGAGAUUGGUGAGGACAGACUUGAGGAACUUAUUCAUACAAUGAAUGGGAAUCUGGUUUUACCUCCAAAUACCAUGGUUGAUAAACCUGUUCUGCCCGUUUCAAAAGAAGAAGUUUGGAAACAACAAACAUUGUUACAUAUUCUUCAAUUGAUUCACCUUCCAUUCUUGGAAAAUAUUUUGGAGCCUCCAGUUAAAACACAAAAUCAUCAAUUAAGUAAAGAGGAAGAUCUCAUUAUCUCAAACACUUGUCUAGACAGAGAGAUUAUUCCAAGCUUAUGUCUAACUGAGGUUGAUAACUGGCUUAAUGCAGCAAUUGAAUGCUUGGAAUAUUUCCCUGACCAGCUAAUAGUUACAGUUAGUCAGCAGUUAGUGCAAAACAGAAAUGAAGAGACAAGAUUGAAUAUACAGAAGAAGAUACUCUUUGAUGUGAUAGUAAAAUAUUAUAAUCAAGAGAGAAAUUGCCUGUUAACUGAUGAGUAUUUUGAUAUUCAUUCAGGAAUUAUUGAACUUUUAGAAAAUGAGAAAGAAACAGAAGCACUUGAAGCAACACAACUAUAUCUAAGAUUGUUGUUGCCCAACAUUAGAGAAGAAUUACGACGGCUUCUUGCUUUUAUGGCUAUUGCAUCAGAAGCUAAUGCCUACAAGUUACAAAAACAGUAUGAUAACAAAACGGUAGUCCUGAAAACUCUUGCCAAAGCCGUUUUGCCAGCCAAAUCAUUUUUAAAAGUACAGGCAGAACAACUAGUCUGUUUUCUACUGGAGAAUCACUCUGAGCUCUUCAAGACACCCGUUACUUUAUUGGCUCUGGUUAGUAAGAAACUUAAGAAGCUUCUACAUGGAGAAGAUCCAGAUGCCAUAUCAGGCUUCACAUUUUGCCAACACUUGACAUACAAGGAGUUUGAAAAACGAAAGGAGAGGACGAUUCAAAAUCUUCACCAGUUGGCUCUUGAGAUUAAUAGUAACCCCAGCAUCUCUUUGAAACAAAAAAAGAAAUUAAUCAAAGAAUUUCAAAAACACCAUCCAGAAGCUUUGCAUUAACAUUUCUGGGGCAAGAAACUAUAAUCUGUAAAUAUAAACAACUCUCUGGUGGUUUUCUCAAACUGCCAUACUUACAUUUCAGAGACAGAACAGUCUCCAAGCAUUCUAAGUAUAAUCAUGUUUAAAAGAUAUUAAGGAAGGUGGUCAAAAGGUACAAACUUCCAGUUAUAAAUAAGUCCUGGGGAUGUAAUGUACAGCAUGGUGCCUAUAGUUAAUAAUACUGUUGUAUAUUUGAAAGUUGAUGAGAGUAGAUCUUAAAAAAUUUCAACAAAGUUUUUAACUUUAAAAGUGAAUACAAAUUAAUUAAGUUCAUGUAUGCUGAUUCACUUAAUUAUUAUGCUGCUAAAAUCACUUAUUAAAUGUGCUGCUAUUAUUAGGGAUUGGGUACAGUUAACUUCCUUAGAAUUUUUUUUUCCACAGAAAAGGACCAUUCAUACAUAAGUUCUCCGAAGAAAGCAUGCACUUUCCUUAGUAUAUAUUAUUUUUAAGCUACUCCCUUAGGGUACUGUAACUUAAAUGCUGUGAAUCAUCGAAAUAGCAUAAGGCUUAUAAAGUAGAUUUUAAAAGCCACAAAUUUACAAUUCAUAAAUAUCUAAAACCAUGAUUUUGCCUUCUCGCUCAUUCUUCUUUAGUCUAUAUAGUAUUUUAGGGUUUUCUUCUUUCCUUCAUCCCUCCCUCUUUUUUUUUUUUUUAAGUUGGUUAGUUUACUUUAUGGCAUCAUUCUCUCAAUGUGACAUAUGUUGAGGAUUCAAUCCCUGUUGAAAGUUACACAGAGAUGCAUCCUUUUAUAGUCUUAAUUUAUGCAUUGAUCACAGGGAAACAGACGCAUAUAUCAAAAGUACUUGAAAAAAUAUACAUUGAACUGUCAUCAGUUUUAUCUUUUUGUGUACCAAAACUAUCAAUUGUGUUGAAUUUGAAAGCUUAGAGUCAAAGUUCUCAACUGAGUCUGUAAAAAGGUUCCAGAGGGCCGAAGUUCAAUGUACUUUCUGAAAUGCUGUGCAAUUUUUUGUGUACAUGUGCAUAUGGCAUUUUUCUAGGAAAAGGAUCUGUAGCUUUCACCAGAUUCUCAAAGGGGAUUAUGACCCAAGCACAUUAAGAAUCACUGAGUUAAAAAGUCAACAUUGUUGAUUCUGUCUUUAGAGACUAUACUAUAUAUAUAUAUUUAUAUAUUUUCCAAAUUUUGCUUUGACUUUAUAGAUAAACUGUAAGUCUAAAUGUCCACCUUAUGUAUUAAAUAGGACAUUAGCUAGAUGAAUUAUGAGUUCCUGCUCAAAACAAAAAACAAAAAAAAAAUUCUGUGACACUAGAAGAUAUAACUGCCCUAAUCUGUGUAUGAUUAUUUUGAGUUAGGAAGGAAAUUGAUAUACCUCCAGUAGAAGACCUGAGAGGGUGGUUCUAGAGGAACCAGGAAAAUACUGGAAACAUGCAGGCAAACCCUAUUUAUUGAAGUGGGUGUGGGGGAGACUCUCCUUAUUUGUAAAGUUUCCAUUUUAAUAUUCUGUGUGAAUCAGGUGGGAAAUUGCUCCCUAUUACCAUGAAUGGCUGGCACUUUGAGAAAUGCAUUAAGGAUGUUACCAUGUCCUUGGCUCUGCUGCUCAGAAGAUUCUAUAUAACCUUAAGCAAGUAUCUUCCCUCUGAGUCUCAGUUUUGGUUUGUUUUUAAAUCUCUAGAAUAACAAUAUACAUGCAUAGGUUUAUAUUUAUAAAACUGGACCAGAAAUAUCAAAGGUACAAGGAAGAGUGUGUGGUAUGGUAGGUAACAAGAGUCUGCGCUCUGCAUCAGAGCCCUGGAUUUACUACUCGACCCAUUUGGGUUCAGAAGAGAAAAUGUUAGCAAGUGAACGCCCUAGAUCAAGGUAAAACCUGAUUUAGAAACAGUCGAAUUAUUAGAAGUUAAGUUGUUCAGCAGUGCUGGAAAGGGUUAAUUAUUAUUUAAAUUGAAUUACAUUUCUUGCAACAUUCCCUAAUGGAGCCUAUUUUGAUCAACAUAUAUACUGCCAUUCAAUUAAAUUUGUUUACAAAGAAAAUGUGACUUCUAUUGAAUGGUUUUUGAAGGUUCUGAGGCAUUAAUUCCUAAAGAGAAAUGCCUAAGCCAGCAGUGCCACUCCACCUAGUGACAGCUCCAUAAAUUACAGUUAUUAGGCUUAAAAAGAAUUCCCAAGGGUAUUGUCAUUCAAUUUUAGGCUAAACCUCUUUGAGGGACUUAUGUGCAAAGUAUUUUUUCUCUGUACAAAUAAAAUCCAGCUCUAGUCACUGAAAAGCUUACCUCCUAUUAGAAUAUUAAGUAAAUUUCCUUAAGAAUUAACAGCCUGAUUCAUAAUGCUUAAGACUGCUUAAACUUCUUAGAUUAUUCACACUCAGGUACUAUCCAGGUAAAUAAAAGAUUUUCUAACUCAAAGAAAUAAAUGUUGAGACAAAACUUUUCUCUCAUGUAAUUUAUAUACACAGAGAAUGUUCAAAACUGAAAGCCAUUCUUGAGACAUUUUUUCUGGAAAUCUUUCCUCCCUGUACUCUACAAGUGGAUCAUGGAAGUGCUUUUAUUAUGCAAUUGCUUGUGUGCUAGAAAGAUUUUUGAAUAUAAUAACCAAAAGGUUGUUGUUGCAGCUCCAGAUUUGUCACUAAACAACUCUGUGACCGGUGAUUGCUUAAUUGAUUCAUUCACACAUGUAAUAAUUCAACAUUUGAUCUGUGCCAACACAGAUCUACUUCUGACCGCUGCCAGCCAUAUCAUGCAGAACCACCUAUAAACAAGAUUUGAAUUUUUUUUCUUUGGGAACCUCCACGAGGUCACAGAUUGGGUUGAGGAAAAGGUAUACAGUGCAGUAAGAGUAAAUGCUCUUGAGUAUGAGCUCAUGCAGUUAGCUUGUCCAACUUGAGUUCAGUCUUGUAUAUAUACUUCUUCCACUUGACGAUGGCAUGCUGCUGUGCAUGCCUAACCUGCAAUGGGGAAGGGAAAUGAUUCCAGGGAGCAGAACUGAGAGCAGCAUGUCUGGUUGUUCAAUUCACGUAAAGAUAUGGCUAAAGGUGAUGGCUAUUGGUUUGCAUAAAGGAUCAGAGACUUGAAAACUACAAGAAGCCUGGGGACUAGGAGCUUUAGGAAAGACGUGGAUGGACAUGUCAGAACAGGCCCAUGUGCGAGGAUAUCUGUGUCUUGUGUGAAAGCUCAUCAAAAGGCCUCUUCCGUAGGGAAGGCUCUUCUUAUCAGGUGGACAGCAUAGCCUACACUGUGGAUAUUGGUCAGCCUCUUUCCCCAGCCAUCCCACUUCUUGCUCAGUGGUGCUACAUUCUAGGAAAAUUCCCUCAGCUUCUUUCUCUUUUUCAGUCUUUAGUAGUGUCCGUUAUGCUAUUCAACCCAUCAAUUAAGCAUAAGUAAUUAUAUUUUUAAUUUCUAAGAUCUUUGUUAUAGCAACUUGUUCUUGUUGCAAUAGAUGAAAUUGCCUCAUCAGUCUUAGAGAAUAUUAUAAAGUUUCUUUUGUUUAAUUUAUUCCCUUAGGGGUUCAUUCUUGUUUGUUGGCUUUGGUGCCUCUUUGAUGGUAUCAAGUAUCCCUCAAAUGUUUAAUGCUUGGUUGUUUGUUGUUUUUUUCAUUUAUGAAUUCCUGUUUACCUGUCGGUGAAUCUAGGUUCUAAUUUUGGUGCCUUUCCAUGGCAAGAGGAAGGCGAGCUAAGUUCCCUAGAACUAUGCCCUGUCAGAACUCUUUCUAAUGAGGUCUGAGCUCUUUUCUUUAGCUAGAGAUCAGUGCCACAAUCAGCUGUUCCCUUAAAUUUUGUUUUUACUCUGAUAUUCUUAGUGGAUAUGACAUUAUUUCAGGAUCUGUUCUGUUUCUUUCUCCACCCUUAACACUGCAGUUCUUAUCACUGAGCCUCAAUUCCAAGAAAGGGAGUGGGGCUCAGCUGUUUCCAAUUCGUUCAUUUAAUGAUUUCCUACUCUCUGAAUGUGUCCUGAAUUAAAAUAUCUUUGGAAUUGUUCUUAUGUCUUUAGUAGUUUUCUCCUGCGCUGAUCUGGGACAUGGGUUUUCUUGUUCUUGUUUCUCUAACAAUCUAAUCCCAUUUGAUUCCAGAAAUUCCUCUACAUUAGUUCAUCAGUGCUACCCUUUUUGCUUCCCAGAGUCACUUAAUGAUUUACUCUUCUAUCAAAAUAUAACAUGAACUAUUUCAUGCAUACAAUAUAGAUUCUAAGAUAAUGAAAAUCCAUGUGGUCACCACCCAGCUUGAGAAAUACCAUAUCACAAAUAACACUGAAGUGUUCCCUGUGCAUCCCUCCUUGAUCUCAUUUACCUCCCUCCCUUCUCCACUGGGAAUGUUUAAAGGGAUUUGGGACAGGUAGAAAAGCAGGUGAACAUGAUCAGUUUGCUACGUCAAGCCAACCACCACUGAAUUAAGAAAUUCAAAACCAAGAGAGAUUGGGGCAGGACAGGUGGCCAGCAGUUAAGUUUGCACGUUCUGCUUUGGCAGCCAGGGGUUCGCUGGUUCAGAUCCCAGGUGUGGACCUACACACCACUUGUCAAGCCAUGCU